GUUAUCGAUCACAAACAAAAGUAUUUAAGAAGCGAAAUCAAACAAGAAAAUGGAAGCAGUAAAAUGUGUAGGAAAAGCUCCUCUUGGUAGUGUGAUUAUAGUUGUACUCAUACUCGGUCUGUUCAUAGCACAGGCUUCAGUAGAGGCCAGAAGCUGCUGUGGUUCCAAAGCAGGAAGAAAUUGUUACCAAGCAUGCGUUAGACGAACAGGUGCAACGCAACUUUGUGCUAGAUCAUGUGGUUGUAGAUUUACUAGAGAGAACAGGUGCCCCUCAAGCCACCCAUGGGCUAAAAUAAGCGAUUUCCAAAACUCAGUAGAGGGUGGUGAUGAAUUAGAAGAACAAAGCAAUGUAGCGGAUGAAAAUAAAAUCAAUGAGUACUGCAAGUUGGGAUGCGCGUUAUCUGUGUGCAGAAACAUAGCCUCUUCCCAGGAAUCAGAGCUAGCAGAUGAAGCAGUGGACCGCUGUUACGAUGCAUGCUUCGAGUUGUGCAACAAGAAUUCCAGCAUUGCAGUUGUCACGGCUUAAACGAACACAUUGCAUGGAGAUAUGAAGUCCAGGUCAAUUGAAACUGUCGUUAUUCAUAAUGUUAAAAGUUGUCUUUCGAUUUCAAACAAUUGUCGUGCAUAUAUAUGUUCAGUACAGCACGUACUAGUUAUAGUUGUUUUAUUUUCAAAUGUAAGAAUGGAGAUGCCGCAUCCAAGCAAAUCGAAGCCAUCGCAAUUAAUCUUUAAUGCUUUCUUUUUAUUAUGAAUAACUGUCAUCUGUAUGUGUGACAGUGUAACAGUGUUUCAGUUGUUGUAUUCCCCCUUUUAGUUUGAAUUGUCAUGUAUGAUGAAGUAAGUCUACUAUACAUGGUACGUAGUUUUUGAA